AUGUCAGGUUUUAAGGCUCAUAAAACUAGGAAUAAGCCAAUAGUUUUGAAUUUAUUAAAUGGAUUAAAAUAGGGUGCUGAUGGUAAACUGUAUGAUGUAAUGGAUGUCAAUACUUAUAUUUAAAUGAUGAAUGAUUAGUAAUAAUCGUAAAACAUUCCUAAAUCUUUAAAGUGCAAGUGUAAUAAAUCAAUGUGUUUAAAAUAAUAUUGUGAUUGUUUUGCAAAUGGCAAUAUGUGUACUACACAAUGUCAGUGUCAGGGAUGUCAUAAUACUGAGGAUUAUUUAGAGGAGAGAGAAGAGGCAAUCAAUAAAUUGAAAAUGCAAAAUUAAUCAAUUGAAAAAGAAGUACCAGUUGGGAUUAGUUGCAAGUGCAAAAAAUCAAAAUGCUUGAAACGCUAUUGUGAUUGUUUUUAGAAUAAUCAGAAAUGCUCUGAAAGUUGUCAAUGCAAUAAUUGCUCAAAUCAAGUGGAAAAGGUUGAACAAGGAGAUUAAAGAUUGAUGAUGAAUUCUAUUUCAUAAUUUGAUGAGAAUAGCAGAUUGGCAAAGUCACCCAUAGUUUACAACAGAUAAGGGUUUUUCAGAAGGGCUGACAGCAUGAAUUAUUCAAAUUCCUUUGGUUAUUCUAGAAGAAUGCUAAUUCAACAUGAAGGACCAUACUUUUUAAAGUAAGACUCGUAAGGAUUUAAUUGA